AUGAUGUAUGUGGACAUCUUGUUCCUCUCGCCAGCACAGGUCCUCCGCUACACUGGAGGGACCCCACAGUCUCUGGGAUUGCCAAUUAUCCAGCGAACAGCAGAGGAUGGUCAGACUCUGCUGCAUGGGUGCUAUUUGAGUGCCAGUGACCCCCCCGAGGACAUCAGCGUGAUGCAGUGGCUGAGCUUUCGCCGAGUGCGCUUGUUUUGCGAGACUUCAACCUUGCACGCGAAGAAAGCGCUGCAGGGACACAACCAAAUCCAGGCUGAGCAGGGCAGUGCCUUGCUCACGUUGCUGGAGAAGAGGCGUGUUGCCCAGGACGAGGGGCUUCCCGCGGUUGGCAAGUUGAGCGACAUCAAGACCUUGACUGAGCUGCGUGACAGAGUUUCGAAGCGGGACGAGCAGAAGCGAGCGCAAGAGGAAAAGAUCUCAGAGGCUCUCGCGCUGGCUGGUCUUGAUGCACCCCCAGAACCCCCGGUGGAGAUUGUGGACGAGGAGAAAAAAACCCGGUUGCAAGCCUUUGCGGUGGACACUGCAGAAGCCGGCCCUGCAGCCAGAGCGGCAGCUCCUGCACCAAAAAGGCGAAGAAAGACUCCGGCCAGCGCAGCAGGGGUCUCUGAGUUUUCGCAGCAGGAGUCCAACCCUCCAAGAAGCAGAGCAAGCAAGGUGUCCAAAGCUGACGAAGAGUCUGGGGUUGGAGGCAGCAAACAAGACGACGAGUUCAUCCGGCAAGCCCUUGCCCAUGACCUCCCCAUGAUGAAGGUGGCCCUGUACCUGCAGACGGUUCCUGACUGCUUGAAGUGCUUGAAUCCAACACAGGCCAUGUUGGGUAUCAAGCUUGGCAAUCAGACUUUUGCUGCAAAGCGCCUCUUGCCAUCGAUCCAAGACGAAGGCCUAGCCAAGUUGCUCACGCGGCGGUGCGCGCUCAUGGAGGCAAUCAAGGAUCUGGUUCAGACCAAGGACUUGAGGACUUUGAACCCCGAGGAGUUAAAGAAGCGAUAUCAGUUGUUGAAGUCGGAUCCGGAAGGCUCACUUGUGGUACCAACAGACAGCCUCAAGCUGAAGGUGCUCACAGCUGCGGUCAGUGCACAGUCCAAGCACAUGGUGGAGACUAUGUCAGAUGGGGCUAUCCUUGAUUUCCUGAACAUGGUGACCCCCUUUGCCACGCACUGUGCAGGCUUCGACUACUUUGCGCCCACCAUGAAGGACACGAUCCUGGAGGCCAUUGCCAGAGUCGAUCCCGGCGUUGGCAGCUGGGACAUGAUGGCGAAGGAGGAGCUGCAGGAUCUACCAGAGCCGAUGCCUGUCAGUUGGGAGGCGGUGAAUGCGGUAAACAAUGGACACUUUGGUGUCUAG